CACGGUGGCGGCUGUUGUGGUUCUGCCCACUUGUCCCCGCCGGCCGGCCACCCGCAGCCCCCGGCGCCCGCACGGGCCGGGUGAGGCCUCUCGCGUGUGCAGGACGCGGGGGCUUUAUCUGCCAGGCCCUUCCCGCCGCUGUAGGAGCCCCGCGGAUGUGCCUCCCCUCCGGGACCGGUUCCCUUGGCAAAAGCACCUCGCACUGCCCUCGGUGCCGCGUGGCGAGCGCCGGUGCUUCCCCCACCUCGGGGGUUUUUUGAUUAAGCAACGACCCGCCCGCUGCCGUCCGUCCGUCCGUCCUUCCCGGUGCUGCUGGCGGCCGCUUCGGACCACGCCGCCGGCCAUGGCUCUCUGUGCCCAGGCUCUGGAGAUACAGCCAGAAUUUUUCGUUCACAUGGCAGCAGCAAACUCUACUCCACCUGGCUCUUUGGAUCUAAACCAGCCUGGAUUUGCAAAGGAGAUCCUGGGAACCAAACUGGAGGUCAAAUACCUCUGCUCUGAUUGCAAGAACAUCUUGAGGAGGCCGUUCCAAGCCCAGUGUGGACAUCGUUACUGUUCCUACUGCCUGAAGAAAAUUAUCAGUGCUGGGCCUCAGAAGUGUGCCAGCUGCAUCCAGGAGGGAAUAUACGAGGAAGGGAUUUCUAUUUUGGAAACAAACUCGGCUUUCCCAGACAACGCUGCUCGCCGGGAGGUGGAGAGUCUGCCCGCUGUCUGCAUCAACGCCGGCUGCACCUGGAAGGGGACUAUUAAAGAGUACGAGGCUCACGACGAGGUCUGCCCUGAGUUCCCACUGACUUGUGAGGGCUGUGGGAAGAAGAUUCCAAGGGAGAAGUUUCGGGACCACGUGAGGACUUGUGGCAGAUCCAGGGUGCCUUGCAGAUUCGAGGUGGUGGGAUGUGCUGAGGUGGUGGAAAAUGAGAAGCUGCUAGAACACGAGAGCAAGUGCUUGGCAGAGCAUCUCUACAUGCUGCUGAGUUUUGUGCUCAGCCUCAAGGCCGGGCCUGGAGACUUAAAGCCCCUUCCUGCCUUUUCCUCAUCACCAAGCGGCUCCCCACUGCUGGCAGCAAACUCUCUGUGCUCUGAGUCGGAGCUCUCCAGGUCCCUGGAGCUCUUGGGAAGAUGUGAGGCCCUGGAGAGGAAAACAGUGACCUUUGAGAACAUCGUCUGUGUGCUCAACCGGGAGGUGGAGAGAGUGUCCCUGACAGCCGAGGCCUACAGCCGGCAGCACCGCCUGGACCAGGAGAAGAUCGAAGCGCUGAGCAACAAGGUCAGGCAGCUGGAGAGGAGCAUUGGCCUCAAGGACUUGGCCAUGGCUGAGAUGGAGGAGAAGCUGAGGAACAUGGAGGCUUCCACCUACGACGGGGUGUUCGUCUGGAAGAUCACGGAGUUCGCCCGCAAGCGCCAGGAGGCCGUCACGGGCAGAGCUCCUGCCAUCUUCUCACCAGCUUUCUACACGAGCAAGUACGGCUACAAGAUGUGUCUGCGCGUGUACCUGAACGGCGACGGCACCGGGCGCGGGACCCACCUCUCGCUCUUCUUCGUGGUGAUGAAAGGGCCCAACGAUGCGCUGCUGCGCUGGCCCUUCAACCAGAAGGUGACGCUGAUGCUCCUGGAUCAGAACAACCGGGAGCACAUCAUCGACGCCUUCCGGCCCGACGUGAGCUCCUCGUCCUUCCAGCGCCCCGUCACCGAGAUGAACAUUGCCAGUGGCUGCCCCCUCUUCUGCCCCGUGGCCGUCAUGGAAGCCAAGAACUCCUACGUGCGGGAUGACGCCAUCUUUAUUAAAGCCAUCGUUGACCUCACGGGGCUCUAAAGCCUCCUGGGCCCUGGGAGCAGGGAGCACAGAGCCGGCCCCACGGGGCAGCCCCUCGAGCAGAGCCCGGAGCGAGGGGGCAGAGAGCGGAGGGGGAAAAGCCCUCCCCCCCCCCCCCACAAAAAAAGGGACCUUCAGUCUGAGUGGAAAGGAGGUGUCUGAUGGGAACUCUCGUCCCUGGUGUCAGACCUGCCCUGAGAAGAGGUUUGGGUGGACGUUUGCAGUCUGUGGGGUACGAGAUCAUCUCCUGCAGGGACUCGGGUGUGUGAACUGCCGCUGUCUGGGCUCCAGUGGAGACCAGUGUGGUGCACAGCCACAGUGCUGUCCAGUAAAACAAGGCUCUGGCAGCCCCAGCACCACCUCGUGUGGCUGCUUGGCUGGGCCAGCUGGGUUUCCCUCA